CACUCCCUCCUCACCCUCAUCGUCUCGUGCUUCUCUUGUGCGCUCGCACGUUGGUGUUAGUUGAAGCCCUCGCUCUUGUUUUGCAUUAUCGAAUCCUUGCGCAAACACAGCAUUACAGAGCCCGAAGGAAUUAUUUGCUUUUAUUAGCCAGAGGGAGCCGUCGACGAAUCCGACCGAGAAACCCGCAAUCGCAAUCGCAAGCGCAAUCGCAAUCGCAAGCUCGCCCCAGUCGCAACCCACAAUUGAAGCGCAAAGCUCUGCGGCGGUUUACCAAUUCCUUCACUUUGCAAGAGUCUCUCACGUGCGCGCCCAUCAACAACAGCCCGACACAAUCCAGGAGGAACAAUACGGGUCCGCGGUGGACGAGCGCGUCCUGCCUCACCCCCAGAUGGCGUGAAUGGCGUCGGAGAUUGAACACCAUCAUGGCCAGCCCACAGCUCCCACCGGCAGCAUCGGCGGAAGCAACGCCGACACCGCCUUCGACGAGCCACGCACCAGCCGAAGCUUCACCGACUUUAAUGCUGCUCCACUGACUGUGUCGACAGAUUGGAGAGAGGAGAGCAGACAGGCUGGGAAGCGUAUCACAGCCGCGGUGGGCGAGCACCAGAACCAACUCGGAUUCCCCUCCUUGGGCGACGACGACGACGACGACGACUCCUCUGCCGCCACCACCGCCAGCGCCGAUAAACACUACCUCCACGUCAACGGAAACGGCCAUGGAGGAAGUAACAAACACGGCAGCGGCGGCUCGGAAGACGGGAUCGGCUCGGGCUCCGAGACCAUGACGUCGCCGUCGGUGACGUCGCCGCCGUACUGGGCCCACGGGCACGGCCGGACCGUGUCCAACGUGUCGGUCGAGAGCGUGCUGCCCGCGGGGGCCAUCACGCUGCAGGACAACGAGUGCGACGACGACGAUGACCAAAACCGGCGCGCCGCCAACGUCAUCGGCCGCGACCGCAACCGCGCCUGCUGGGCCAAGAGCGUCGAGAUCACCGACUCGGUCAUGGUCAACGGCAGCACCACCAACAUUGGCGCGUUUGUCGUAUGGAAUAUUCGCGUCCAGACGCUCAAUGGCUCGCACAUGAACAUCCGGAAGCGGUACUCGGAGUUUGACGACCUGCGCCGCCGGCUCGUGCAGACGUUCCCCGGCUUCGAGGCCGCCGUACCGGUCCUGCCGCCCAAGAGCAUCCUCUCAAACUUUAAGCCGCGCUUCCUCGAGAAGAGGCGGGCUGGUCUGCAGUAUUUCCUAAAGUGAGUGGGAAGUGACUUUGUUCUACCUACCUACCUGCCUGUACAUUGAUCGAAGUAAGCGGACACCAAAGUGGCCAAAAUUCACUAACACGUUUUUUUACCCCACGAAAGCUGCAUACUCUUAAACCCGGAAU